CUCAUAUUUUCUACUCUAUCGACUAUCGAUAAAGGUGCGUGCAUGAGUGAUAAGUCCACGCGACUACACGUCAGGCGUGAAGGAAAAAGCGCAUCCCCCACCUCGCGCGUCCACGCGCCAUUCCUAUCCACUAUUCACCCUCUUUCCCUGUCCCGUUUUAAAUUUCCGCCAUCUCCAGCUCUAUCAUCUCGCAAGCUCAAGCAUUCACAGUUUACAACAAUCCCUAACAUCUCUCACCAACCCGAAAGCAAAGCAACCCCGCAGCAGAAGCUUACGAGCGAAGCAAGCGACAGAGGUAAUGGCCAUGGCACCGUCAGCAUCCGCCGUCUCCUUCGCCCCCCACCCGUCGGUGGGAGCGACUUUCCGGCCCCGCGCCGCCUCUGGCUCCGUGGGCGCUGGGCGGGUCCGCGCGGCGGGAGCCCCCGAGGGAGGCAGGUGGUGGGCGCCGCUGCUCGGGUGGUCCGGGCGGGCGGACUACAUCGAGGCCGCGGCACCGGCGCCGGCGAUGGAGGUGAGUUCCGAGGAGAAGGCCGGGAGGUCGUUCGUGGGCGGCCUGACGGAGGAGAAGGCGCGGCAGCUGCGGGCGCGGAUGGUGGAGACAGAGAGCUUCCACGACGCCAUGUACCACUCCGCCAUCGCCUCCCGCCUCGCGCGCUCCACCUAGGCCGCCGGUCGCCGGACAGGCCGCCAGCCAACUCGCCGACACUACCAGACAAUCUGUUGAUGUCAUUGUUAGAUAUUUAGGGUUUGUGGUCUACCCCUAUUCCUCUACGCUUAUCCGUGGUGCCGCUCA